CACCCUUCCUGCUCUACCAUUCCCGCCCGAGCUGUCGUGCGUGCGUGUCGUCCACGCUUGUAAAUACGUAGUCGUACGCUAGAUAAGUUUCGUAGUAAUUAUGUGUUUGGCUAAGAAUGAAGAUUCACCGCAGAAGGAGGCCGUGUCGCCUCGGUCGCCGUGGGCGAAGCUUCUUAAUCGACAGAGCUCAAAGCCGCGCCUGCCGAGGAAGGUGGCAUCCUCCACGCGUGUGAACCUCAACAAGUGCUGGUCGAAGUUGGGAGAGCUCAUCUCCAACUCAUCGCCCCGCGCUGACCUACCAUCGCAAAAGACUGCUUACCCUGAAGAACCGGUCGUCAUCCCGUUCUCCGAUUUCUUCUAUCCUCUGGACCCGGUGAAACCGGUGCCAGUCGAAGACAACGACAACGCCGAAAACCAGAACAUCCUGAACUCCAGCCGCUUCGAGUUGAUCUCAGAAGACGAGGUCAACGACAACAUGGCCAACGAAGUUCGCGAGAUCUGCUACUCCGCGACCGCGAACUGCUCCGUAUGUAACGUUUGGUAUUAGUUUCUUCUUCCUCUACAUUCUGAGACCAGUGAAAACAAAAUCUCGUCUUCCAAAAGUAGAUUUAGUGCGUGCUCCGAUGCGAGCUGUAAUCCAACGUCUUCCAGUAGCAUUAGUGAAGUGGCGUGCGGGCCUGACGUUUGUCGUGAUGUUUUGUGAUGUUAGCCUUAAUUUGUGAUGUUAGUCGAUAGAAUAUCACGCUUUGGCGCCAGGUCCUCACGCUACGCUUAGUUGAGUGUAUCGUUUGUAACAUCACGUUUUGGUAGACAGCUUUAAUGCCUGCACUGUUAUCGUCGCACACCCUCAGCUAUCUCCUUAACUUCCUCUAACAGAUAAUCGUUUAUGUUAUAUCCAACGUCUUCCAUUAGUUUGUAAGAGAGUUUUAUCUUGUCUGUG